UUCUGGGUGGGACCAGGGUUUCAUGGCCUCACCUACUGAUUUAUCACAAAAUGGUCCUGUACAGGACCAGCAAAAUACGAUUUCACCUCUUAUCUCCGAGAGUCCUAUGGACGCGGUAGUUACUAUUGAGGAUUCAAAUGCCAAUCUAAACGGCGCUGUUAAAGAGGGAUGUACCCCUUCCAAAAAUAUUUUGGAUAUAAGUUAUCCUAACACCGGCAAAGCGUAUAAAAAGAAAAAGCGGAAAAAUCGCCUCAAAAAUACAGUUCAAUCAACGGACGAAGAUUGUACGGACUUAGAAUCCGACACCCCCACUGACAACUUAAUCGAUAAGGAAGAAUUAGAUUUGAACUUUAUCAAUGAUAUCGCUAUACCUUUUGAAAAUAUGUUAAUCGAAACCCUUGAGUUAUUGAGAAAUUCCGCUAAUUUUAAAAAUCUAGGUCAUAAGGUCGCACAGACCCUGAAUAAAAUUAAUGACCACCAUAACCAGUUCAAAAAUAAAUAUCUCGAACUCAAAAGCAAAAUAUCCAACGAAAAUACCCUAUUUAGUGUCCUCUCAGAAACCACCACGGAAAAAAUUGAUACUUUCGCCCAAGAUAAUAAAAAUCAAUUUCCUUCUAUCCCAUUUUUUGAUCAAAAUGACUCACGGGAUAACAAUAUGGACAUAAACUUUCCUGAUACCUUAAACCAGAAUUGCAGAGGAAAUAAUAUUUCUUUUUCAAAAACAAAAAGGUUCAAGACAACACCACCAUCCCCAACUAGGAUAAAUCACACUAUUAAUGACCCCAAUCCAGAAGACGACUUCACUCUUCAAAAGAAAAUAUCCAAAAUUCCCCCCAUCGUAAUCAAGGACAACAAUUUCAACUGGAAGGAUUUUAAUAAACAACUCCAAGAUAAGGAUAUAAAAGACUAUAACGCAAGAAAUAAUGGUGAUUACUUCACUAUAAAAACCAAGAAAACAGAAGACAGAUGUCGCAUAAUAACAAUUUUAAAAGAAGCAAAUAUUGCUCAUCACACAUACAGCUUACCAGAAGAACGUACCUUUAGAGUCGUCGUCAAAAAAGUACCAAAAGAAUACAGUGCAGAAGAUGUACAAUACGAACUAGCAAAAGUAAACUCUUCUGUUAUUAACGUUACUCAAAUGUAUAGACGAAACCAUGGUAACAAAAUUCCUAUGCCCACUUUUGUCGCAACCCUAAACAAGGAAAUCCCCAGCUGUAAAGACAUUUACAAUAUUAAAUACCUGUUCAAUAUGUGUAUCAACAUAGAAGAAUACAGAAAAUCCGACCGCCCCUCACAAUGCCACCGAUGCCAGGAUUUCUUCCACGGUCAAAGACUGUGCAACCAUCCUCACCGCUGUGUAAAAUGUGCAGGGAACCAUGCUACCAAUGAAUGUACAAAAACAAACGACGAACCUCCAAAAUGCUGCAACUGUGGUGGAGAUCACCCAGCAAAUUACAGUAAAUGCCCUAAAUACGAAAGCAUUGUUGAAAAAAUGUACAAUAGAACAAAUAAUAGAAGAUCCUUCAGUAACAGAGAAAAUAGAAACAAUUUCAAUAGUAAUACCACCAGCUCAAGAUUUAGCUAUGCUAAUGUUGUCCAAAACAAUAGCACCCAACAACCAAUAAAUCUAAACCCGGCAUUAUUACUACAACAAGCUGUGGAAGCCAGCAACAACCUCGCAAAAUGUAUAUCCAUUUUCCAACAGCAACUUCUAAAUAAUUCAUUUUCUUCGCAACGAAUGAUACCUACUAUGGGUCUCGCCGGUGGAGCCUUUCAAGCCCUUAAUGCCAAACCAAAGAAGCUCUCUUCCACUAAGACAAUAGAGCCACCACCUGAGAGAGACUCACAAACUUCCACCACUACAGAUGACCAGACAAAGGAGAAAGAGCCAGCUGCCGAGGCAGAAAUAUAA